UAACAUGUUUGUUUAGCUGUGUGUAUAUAUGCGUAACUGCACCAAGUAAGCUGUAGAGUUAGAAAACUGAACUGGGACUGUAUUAACAGAUGUGACUUCAUUGCAGAACUUUUACUUUGAAAAAGAAGUAAUUCUGCAUGAGGUUCACAUGUCUGAUAUUGAGGAACAGUAUUGAUCGGGUGUAGAAAAAAUGGGGCAAAAAACAUCGCAACAGUUGGCUCUGAAGGACAGCAAAGAGGUUCUCAGCGUUUGUGAGGUGGUCAGUGAAGCUAUGGUCCACGCAGCUCAGAAACUCAAGGAGUACCUGGGAUUUGAAUAUCCUCUGAGUAUACUCUGCCCAGCUGCAAAUACUCUAAAUGAGAUCUUCUUAAUCCACUUCAUCACUUUCUGCCAAGAAAAGGGAGUUGAUGAGUGGCUUACCACCACCAAGAUGACCAAGCACCAGGCUCUGCUGUUUGGAGCAGACUGGAUUUGGACCUUUUGGGGAUCUGAUAAGCAAAUAAAGCUUCAGCUGGCAGUACAGACUCUACAGCUGUCUUCUCUUCCUCUCAUGGAACCUAAGCCUUGUGACCUCUCCAAUCCCGAUUCAAGGCAAGAGGAGUCUUCCUGGAAGAAAAGUAGAUUUGACAAGCUGGAAGAAUUCUGUAACUUGAUAGGAGAGGAUUGUCUGGGCCUGUUUAUCAUCUUCGGUGUGCCAGGAAAGCCUAAAGACAUCAGGGGAGUUGUCCUGGACAGUGUCAAAAGUCAGAUGAUGAGGAACCAUCUGCCAGGAGGGAAGGCUGUGGCUCAGUUUGUCCUGGAAACUGAAGAUUGCGUCUCCAUCAGAGAGCUGCUUGGAAACUGUCUGAGUAAGAAAGAAGGGCUGAGAGAGAUGGGCAAGGUUUAUAUUAGUAUCCUCUGAACGGGAUAUGUGUGGUGUGACUGGCCUGUAAGAGGAAAAUAAAAAUAGAAAUAAAAAAGAUUUUAUUCUAACAAGCAAGCUUACCUACUUAGAUCACUCCAGCAUGGGAUUUUUUUUUUUCCCUUUUUUCCUAGUGAUUGAAAAUGACUACUGGGGUCAAAGCAUAUUCAUGUCACAUUUAUGAAGAGAAAAAAGCCCUAGCUGUUCAGGAAAACUUAAAAUUUAGUU